AUGAAUAAGUACAAAUUGUCUAAAGAAAGGAGAUCUGAGAUAGAGUUCAUAUAUAAUGAAUUCGAUAAAGAUAAGAAUGGGCUAGACGGAAAACAAUUAUUGUAUUUAUUAAAGUCUGUUGGCGUUUUCCUCAAUAAAAAUGAAUCAACUGCUCUGCUUGAAGAAUGUAGGAUAAAUGGUAAAUUAAAUUUAGAUAACUUUUACGCUAUUAUUCAAGAAUUCUACUAUGAUGAAAAUAUUGCAAAACUGUUAUUAACAUCAUUACAAGCUCAUACUAGGGAGAGUGCUAAAACUAUUAGCUUACAAAAACUAAAAUAUUUAUUAAUGACAUUGGGUGUUUUUAUUCAAUUUAAAAAAAAAAAAAAUCAUUUACCUUUAGGUACAGGUGUAAGAUUAACAGAAGAUGAAGUAGAUGCCUUUUUAAAUAUAGAAUUUAAUGCAAAUAAAAAUAAAGAUGUAUCAUUUGACGAUUUUAUAUAUAAGGUAUUAAAAGAAUGA